AUGGAGGAGAAGAAAGAGGAGAAACCAGAAGAGCAACUUGCAGAACCUAAAUCAGCUUUCCCAGAAGCCUUACUAGAAUUUCAAAUUAAGACAAAAGAAGCAGCAAUUGAUCGGGUUUUGUUUCAUCUGAAACAAGUGGAAAAAAAGAACAAAGAGUACCAUGAAAGAAAUGACCUUCUGAAGGAAGAACAGCAGGCACACAUCAGGCGCAUACUAAGACAAAUAGAAGAAGAGGAGAGAGAACAAGAUGAAAAGGAGGUUGUAACUAGGGAUGAUGUGGAAGAGUCACUGAAAGCAAAAUGGCAGUACGUCAAGGACAAAGAACAACUUCUGAAAGAUCUGCACUCCCAAAUUGAAGAAAUUGACCGAAGACUUUCAGUAAAGCAGAGUGAGAGAGAUUAUUGGUUGGAGUACAAAAAUGUAGGAAGUAAAACACAGGCCAACAAGAUUAUGAAUCUGCAAAAAGACAUUAAGGAACUCAAAGAUGACCUUGACACGACUACAGAAUAUUAUAGCAAUGCUCUGAAAGCAGUGAAAGAAGAAAAUGACAGACUGGUUGAGAGGCAUGCAGAGUUAAGUAAGGAACAGGCCCCUGAGAAUGCUGUAAGAUACUUAGACAAAAACAGUCGCAGAGAAAUUGAAGAGAAUGAAUGGCUAAAAGAAGAGGUUAAGAUGUACCGAAAGGAAGUAAAUGAUUUGAAAGCCUCUAUUCAGCUCCUGGAAGAAGAAAAUAUCCGUUUAGUGACAAAACUGAUCGAUGAUAGACUUCAGAAUCUGAGAGUACCCAGGCGUUUGUUUCUUACCCAGGCAGCUCGCUUGCAAGAUGAAUUUCCUAAGGAUGAAAUGAAAGAAGUAGAGUAUAGACAGUACGCAGCAAAGACAGAUGGAGAUGAAAGCCUCAGAAGUGCCAGAGUUCCCUGUCAGAAAAAAAAAGCCUUUCCAGAGAUUCAGUCUAAAACAGAGAAUGAGAAGGCUCAAGGCGGUGAUGAGGAGCUGUGGGAGAAGUCGUUCACUCCAACUCUUGAUAGCUUGUUGUACACAGUUGAAAAAGAUUUCCAGGAAUACUUACAGCUGGGUCCUCUGGAGACAAAGCUAAUGUGUGUGGUUGGAAGAGCCAUGCCUAUUCAUAAAGAACCAGAAGAAAUGCCAAGCAGGAGCCACAAAGAAGAUGGCAUUAUUGGUAAAUCAGAUGGGCACAUCACAGCUCAGAUGAUCAAGGCCUUAUCUAAAGAAAAGGUUGGUUAA